AUUGCAACCAUUACAUAUAAAAAAACAAAGGGGAAAAGAAAGAGAGAGAUCUAGAGAGAGAAAGAUGGAACGAGAGAUCGACAACUUCAUCAAGGUAUGGAUAUCUGUCUUCAUAUCUCUAUGCUACUGCUAUGUUGCAGGCAAGAUUGUACCCAAAGGCACACCGAGACUGCUCACAAUAGUCCCUGUGGUGUGUCUCUUCCUAACCCUCCCUCUCAAUCUACACACUAUGCAUCUUGGAGGCACAAGCGCAUUCCUCAUUGCUUGGCUUGCCAACUUCAAACUUCUCAUGUUUGCAUUUGGUAAAGGCCCUCUAUCACACCCUUCAAUCUCUCUCCCCCAAUUUGUUGCAGUAGCUUCUCUCCCCAUCAAAAUCAUACAAAACCCACCUCCAAAUCACAAUUCCAAACAAAACCCACCUCUCAAAACAUCCAAAAAAGGCCACAAAUCGCCUUUGAAUUAUGCCAUCAAAAUUGUUCUUCUGGUCUUGUUAGUUCGUGUGUAUGAUUACAGUGAAUAUCUACAUCCAAAGAUCAUAUUUUUGCUGCAAUGCUUCCACGUAUACUUUUCCUUGGAAAUCAUUUUUGCCGUGCUUGCAGCCCUGGCUCGGACCCUUUUGGGAUCAGAGUUGGAGCCACAGUUCGACGAGCCAUACCUUUCAACCUCACUGCAAGACUUCUGGGGUCGCAGGUGGAACAGGAUGGUGAGUCGUAUUCUACGCCCCACCGUGUACGAACCCACCCUCAACCUCUCAACCCGACUUUUGGGCCGAAAAUGGGCCCCUUUGCCAGCAAUUUUCAGCACAUUCAUGGUGUCGGGCCUGAUGCACGAGCUCAUAUUCUACUACCUGGGCCGCGAAAGGCCCAUUUGGGAUAUCAUGUGGUUCUUCUUGCUCCAUGGGUUGAGUUUGAUGGUUGAGGUUGCAGUCAAGAAGAUGGUUACUGACAGGUAUCGGUUGCCUCGAUUUAUCUCUGGAUUACUCACGGUGGCUUUCGUGGUGAGUACCGGCUUUUUGCUGUUUUUUCCGGGCUUGUUUCGGUGUAAUGCGUUCGGCAAAGCGUUUGAAGAGUACGCGGCUGUGGGCACAUUUGUGAAGGAUGUUGGUCAAGCUUUGACGUUCAAAUCUUUCAAUGCUAGGAGGGUUUAGUCAAAUUUGUAGACGCCUUUUGGCUACCUGGAAUCGAAAUUGACUUUUUCUUUUUCAGACUUUGUACUGAAUAUCUUUCAAUUUAAUUUUAAGACCCCAAUUCAGUGUUUCAAACAUUAAUUUAAAGGGUUUUAACUGAC